AUGAAGAUGCGAAUCUUCGAAGGAAUUAUUGGCAUUUUAGAACAAUUACAAAAGGAUCAAUCCAUUACAACAACAACAACAACAAAAAACGAAAAACUUCAAGCAGAUUUAAAUCAGAUCCAAAAAGAAAAAGAAAACGUUGAGAAAGAGAUGCAAACUCUUCACUCUCAACUCAAAGAGAAAGAAGGAAACGAUUUACCAAAAGAAUUUCUUUCGAAAAUUUCCGAACUUAAAAAUUCUGAAGAUUUCGAUCAAAUCUACAAAUUCUUUGAAGAAAUUUCAGAAAAAGGAAAUCAAAAAAUGAUGCAAAAAGCAUGUGACGAAGAACUUUGGAAAAAACAAGAUGAUGAUUAUGGUAGAAAUGUACUUCAUGAAGCAUCUUCAAAAGGAAAUCUGAGACUUCUUAAAUCUCUCAUUGAAUGUGGCUGUGACAAAGAAAUCAAGAGCAGAGGUGGUGAUAUAGCUCUAUACUGGGCAUCAAGAGAAAGUCAACUUGAAGUUGUUCAAUAUCUUAUCUCAGUUGGAGCUAAUAAAGAAACAAAGAAUAAUUAUGGAUGGACUCCACUCAUUUGUGCAUCAUUUAAUGAUAAACUUGAAGUUGUUCAAUAUCUUAUCUCAGUUGGAGCUAAUAAAGAAGUAAAGAAUAAUUCUGGAAAAACAGCACUUGAUAAAUCGAAAGGAGCAGUAAGAGAAUAUUUAUUAUCAAUUGCAAAAAAAUAA